UCAUACUCCGCGCCGACUGAUUGUGGAAGAUUGACACGCUCUCAUUUUAUUCUAGAAACCCGAAAAUAAAAUUAAGCCAAUCUUAAUCUAAGCUAUUUAUUAUUAGUAAAUAUAUUCAUAAAAACUUGAAAAAUCCGAAACAAUGAGUACUAUAUUAGAAAAAAUCAGCGCCAUAGAGGCCGAGAUGGCCCGAACACAAAAAAAUAAAGCAACAGCUCUCCAUUUGGGUUUACUAAAAGCGCGAUUGGCAAAGCUAAGACGUGAAUUAAUCACACCUAAAGGUGGCGGCGGUGCCACUGGUGAAGGUUUCGAUGUUGCUAAAACUGGAGAUGCACGAAUUGGGUUUGUCGGUUUUCCAUCUGUGGGGAAGUCAACUCUUUUAUCCAACCUAGCGGGAGUAUACUCAGAAGUAGCGGCUUAUGAGUUCACAACGCUCACUACUGUGCCUGGUUGUAUUAAAUAUAAAGGUGCUAAAAUACAGCUGCUUGAUCUGCCUGGUAUCAUUGAAGGAGCGAAAGAUGGUAAAGGUCGUGGUCGUCAAGUAAUAGCUGUAGCGAGAACUUGCAGUCUUGUCUUCAUUGUCCUUGAUGUGCUGAAGCCAUUGCAACAUAAAAAACUUCUAGAACACGAGUUAGAAGGCUUUGGGUUGCGGUUAAACAAGCAACCACCAAACAUACAUUUUAGAAAAAAAGAUAAAGGAGGAAUUAAUUUGAACACUACAUGUCCACAAUCUGAAUUGGAUAUAGAAGCAGUUAAAACCAUCCUCUCUGAAUACAAGAUCCACAAUGCAGAUAUAACACUUCGUUAUGAUGCUACCAGUGAUGAUUUGAUUGAUGUUAUUGAAGGCAAUAGGAUAUAUGUACCGUGUAUUUAUCUGCUUAACAAGAUUGAUCAAAUAAGCAUAGAAGAACUGGAUGUAAUCUACAAGAUACCACACUGUGUACCAAUCUCUGCUCACCACAAAUGGAAUUUUGAUGAUUUGUUAGAAAAGAUGUGGGAAUACUUGAAACUGAUCAGGAUAUAUACAAAGCCGAAAGGACAAUUGCCUGAUUACAAUGCACCGGUUGUAUUGCAUGCCGACAGAACAUCUAUUGAAGAUUUCUGUAACAAACUACAUCGAUCUAUUGUCAAAGAAUUUAAAUAUGCCUUAGUAUGGGGAUCAUCAGUUAAACAUCAGCCGCAGAAAGUUGGAAUAGAACAUGUUCUCGCCGAUGAAGAUGUCGUUCAGAUUGUAAAGAAAGUUUAAUGCUGGAUCAGAUGUUAUAUAUAAAUUGACAGUGUAUUAAAAUAUAUUUUAAACACCUAAAUCUGUUGUUAAAAAAUAUAAAUACUCUUACCAAACAUCCAACAUAUUAAUUACUUAGUAUGAAAUUCUAAUACCUGAUACAAAUUUCAAUUCUAACAAUGAAUCAUACAGCAUUUGUAAUUAUAUUACUUUACAUAAUAUUAAAUACAAUUUAAGGUUUCGAUUUUGUUGAAUAACAAAUUGCGUUUGUUUUCAUUUGUAAAUCAUAAAAUUAGUCAUAAGUUUUUUUUUUUUAUUAUUUACACAAGUGUAUAGCAAGGAAUAAAAAAUUGACAAUCGUAAUAAUGUUGCAAGUUGCUUUUUUAAAAUUUUGUGAAGUCAACCUUGAGACGUUCAUAAACAAGUACAGAUCAAAAAAUAAAUAAAUAAUAUGAUCAAAAAAUGUAUACUAUGAUCUUAAACGAAGCAUGUGAAGCAGUUAAUUUUAAUUUAUUUCUUUAUUGCUCGUCAAACUAUAUUACAUUAAAAUAAAAAAGAAAUACAGAAAAAGAAACAUGAUUUUACUUAUGAUUUAACAAUAACUUCUAUUGAUAUGAACAAUACUAAAACAUACUACAUAUUUAAUUUUAUACUA